AUUCUUGUUUCUCAACCAAUUCCUCUCCAGUUGAUCAUCAGGUGUUCUCGAGUCCGAUAGCUCACCCACUAGUCUGAUAGUGAUACUGCGAACUAACCUCUGGGAUCAUCAGGUGUAGCUAUGCGCAGCCUACAGCUAGGCAGUAUCAUGGCAUGCCUACUACUGUAUCUGGCUCCAUUGCUGCUGCUGCUGGUGAUGACGGUGAACUGUGGACAGGCUAUGGCCUCACCAACACCAGUGGUGCCGGAUGAUGGCGAUACACCAGCUGCGAUGGUCACUGAAGACACCAGCUGCAUGACGGAAUGGCUACUGAUUGCCAACUCCAGUCGUGCAAGAGCUCUCACCAUUCCCAACACACCAGCUGCCAUUCAAGCAAUGUUAGAUGAGAAGGUUGUCAAGCACCAAGAGCAAUUCUUCUUAAGUCUCCUCUUGGGUUACGCACCGCAGCUUGCAGCAGACCUCAAACACUGCAUCCAUCGAACGCCAGAGUGCCCCACAGCUGACUUCACAAGUCGCCUACCUUGCUCAGUCUCUGGAGAAUGUGUGUUCAACACUACACAGCAAUUUGCUGUUUGUAUUUGUCCCGCUGGUUUGACUGGAAGGAGGUGUGAUGCAGACAUAGAUGAGUGUAGUCAACCAGACUUGAACAACUGUGACCAACCCGCUGUGGCAACUUGCUAUAAUUUUCAUGGAUCAUUUGGGUGUGAAUGCAACACGGGAUUCAAAGCCGAUGGACGCUUGUGUAAUGAUCUAGAUGAAUGUACAGAUGGUGUACAUGAGUGUAAUGAACAUGCAAUGUGUAAUAACACUGUUGGUUCAUACUCUUGUUACUGUCAAUCUGGGUACAAGGGAGAUGGUACUAACUGCCAAGUUGACCUGUGUGGAUCAUCUGCAAACAGCGAGCUUUGCUACCAAAUCGAAGCGGUUAAAACCUACAACAAGCAGCUGGAAGAGAAACUGGAAGAAAGGGAUCUUCAAAUCAAUAAACUACUCUCCGACAUGAAAGUUCUGACAACCAUAUUUGUCCAGCAGAAGACGAAGGUGGAUCAAAUGGAAAUUCAGACAAAGCAACACCUCAAGAACAUGGAGCUACAUUCUGCUCAACAGUUUGCUGCAAUCAAUGCCACUUUGACGGAGGAAGGACAGAAGACGAAGCAACACUUCAAGUUAAUGAAGCAACAUUCUGUUGAGCAGAUUGCAUCUAUCAAUGCUACUCUGCAGGAGGAAAGAAAGAAGUGUGGAAUUGUAUCCUGGAAGACAUUUACAAUGAAGACAUCGAGUAGUAAUAGUAGGACCCCGUUCAGUGGAGUCGUGUUCAACAAGACUAGACCUGACACUGUUAUCAGAGUGGUGUACACAACCUCUAUUGGAUUUUAUCAUGGGAACACUCAGUGGCAUUGUGUGAAGGUGUCAGUGCGUAUCAACGGCAGUGACUGUUCAGAUCCAGCCCCGAUCAGAAGUGGAAGCUCUGGUUCAACACCCCACUAUCAAAUAGAUGCUGGUGUUGUGAGUGGUAUUUGCAAUAUCAACACUUCAGGUCCGCUGUCCUUCUCUACACACAUAGAGGCACAAUGCACUACAUCCACCUCUUCCCUGGGUUACUACCAUGGUUCGGGUACCAUCACAUCCACUCUGCAUAUCGAAGAACUUUGCAAUAACCAACAGAACUAGACGUUUGCCUCCAAAUCCCUCUGCCCCC